CGUCCAUGACAACCCCCCUUUUUGUAAAACUUGAAAUAAAUAGAACACAUUUUACGAUCUGUUGAGAUGUGAGCUAUACUUCAUUAAAGUAAACGAUAUACACUAAAAUAUAACACAGAAGCGACAUACAAGACUGUCUAGCCGAUACUUAUUUUAAUAGGAAGCGACUCCAUUUUGUAUAAAAUUCUAACAUCCGGUGAUGUUAAUACAUUCGAGGUGUUUUUCCGAUCUUGCCGGAAAGGCCCGAGAAGUUGCGAUUGGGGAGUGGUAUGAUUGGAAGUCGUUUACCAGCACGUUCUUCACAAAUGUGAAAGGCAUCCGGAAAAUGCGACAUUUUAGAUUUUCAUCAUUAUCACCGGGAAAACUGUUCGUCAAAAGUCACGCCGAUGACAGUGAACGAGAAAUCACGCUUCUGAAAUCCAGUAUCAGUCCGGAAGACAUAACAACAGGGUCAGUGAUGCCCGACAUUUUACCUCCCGGCGGGAUGACCUCAGAGAGGCAACGUUAUCUGUUCCGUGUUGUUCGCCCUUUUGUACGAGAUCCUUUUAAGGACACUACCUGUCCAGAGGCUGAAGAGUGAUGAAGAUGAUGAUAAAAUGAACGGUUUUAAAUGCAAACAUAAUGUAUUGUUAGGAUUCAUUUAAUGACAUUGAAAGUGUAUUUAUUUUCGUUUUCCAACACGUUUGAAUUUUGUUUUAUUGAAUACUAACAUUUUAAACAUUUGAAAAUGUCAAUUAGUUUAGUGAAAUAUAUUUCUUCAGGACAAGAAAUGCCGUUGUUUUAUUUUUGAUGACGUUCUUAUGACAUUGAUAUUCUAUGACGUUAUGCAACGUUUUUAUGACGUUGCAUUAGUAAGUGCAUUUCAAAUGCAUUUUAUCUAGUCUUAAACUGAGUAUUUGAUUAAACAUUUGGCAUCAAAAUACUCAGAAAGACGUGCUUAUUAAUAAACCAGCAAAAAUCCAUUUUCCAAAAUUUUGUCACGAAUAAAAAAUUAGGUUAUCUCUCUUUGGUCAAUUUUUUUUUGAGUCAAUGUACGUGAAAGAUGGUAAAAUUAUACUUUGUUUCAUCAAAUAGGUCAAAACCUCUAUACGCAUCCAGAUAACAUGUGAUGGUCGAGUCGACCCGACAUCAGGUGGAUCCGCCUUCAAUGUUAAACAGUCAGCUCUCAGUCUUUGUCUUGGAAACUACGCUGCAACACAAUGUCUAUACAGUCAUGUACAUGUUAUACAAUGUCUAUACAGUCAUGUAUAUGUCACACAAUGU